CAUUCAAUUCCCAGCCUACAUUUUUCAGGCCAAAAAUGAAGAGGGAGGCUCGCCAACAUGGUAUGGUUCGGACUUACCCGAUCCAUCCAUCUCCACGGAAUCCGAAACCCGAAACACGACAUGUUUCAAGUCUCGAUUCGGCACCGUUUGCAGGAUCAUUUUCCGAUUUGACAUCAAAGGCCAGCAGCCAUUCCAAGUUUACUGGAGAAUGUGGGAAGUCACACUGGGUCCAGUGUCACAUGAAUCCGGUUAGUAAGUCCAAGGACAAGACAGAGGGUACUCAAAAGUUUAGGACAAGUAAUAUGGCCGGUUUUAGAUUUUCCGGGCUCUCGGCUAAUGGGGUUUUGGAUUAUUUGGAUAGUUUUAAUGAAGAAUAUGAGAUCAAUGAUCAUCAAGCAAAUGAUCAUGAUGAGGAUGACUACAAGGAUGGUGAUACACAUGUUGUGGUGGAUGACAACGAUGAUUAUAUGGCUAAGUUUUGGUCUCUGCAUGACAAACAGAACAACGAUGAUGAUGAUCAUACGAGUUUUUUGUGAAGUGGGGUUCAUGCUAGACAUUGAAGAAGAUGAAGGGUGGUGUUUAGUGGGAGAAAUGUGAUUUGUAGA